GAUACCAGAAACAACCUAGAAAAGAGGACGAAGAUAGGAAGGAUGCUGUUCCUUCCAGCUAAACGGGUUGAGCGGGAUCUGUCAUUCCAUGGAGACACCCUCAUCGUUCCGGUGGUGAGCACGGGAAAUGUCGGCCAGCUCGCGGUGGACCUAUUCCUCAGUUCGGGCAGGGUACAGUCGCCAGCGCUGGUAGAGAAAGUGGGAUACCUCGAAACCGACCGUGUGGCCCCCGCGGCGGGGUACGAGGUCUUCGGCCCCGGCCAGCCGCCCGUUCUGUGCGUCAGCCUCGAGCUGCACCGCUUCGCCAAGAGUGGCGUCACCUUUCUCCAGCAGCGGGGCACCGUGCUGCCGGGAGAGGAACGCUCCUUUGCGGCGGAGCUCGUGGAGUGGGCGCGGGAGUCAGGCUUCAAGGAUGUGCUUGCCCUGACCGGGGCAGACGCUGCUGAGGGGCUGGACCCGACUCCGAUCGGGCGAGGAGCGAUGAAGCGAUACCGCGCAGGAACAUCCGUGGCGGCGUUGGCGCCGCAUUCUCCCGAACCUUGCCCACUGGAAGAGGCGCUAUCGCGGGUGGGGAUAGGGGCAUUCGACGUGGCGGGCGUCAUGCAGGGAGGGUGGCGAAACUUGAUGGCGGCACCAAUGGGGGGUGGUGCUCUGGACGCCCCGGGGGGGGCGGCGGCUGGCGGUGUUGGCCUCGGAGCGGGAGGUGCGGGCGAGGAAGAGGGGGAGGAGGAGUUGGCGCUGGCCACGGCGAUGGUGGGGAAUGAGGCGGCGAUGCCUCCAACCCUCCCUCCCUUGCCUUCCGGCACCGGCGUGGCGGGUUUCCUGUGCACGGAGGCGUCGUCGACAAGAACAGUGGCAGACGGGGAAACGAAGGGACCGACCCCCCCCCUGAUCGUGCUCCUUCGAUUCUGCGGGGAAGGGGACAACACCCCGGAGGCGAUCGAGAUGGCGCAAGCUGUGAACGCCUCCUUGAAGCUACUCCCGGGUGGAGGGGACGGGGAAGGCGCAGCGGAGGUGCGAUGGAGCUCUCCCCUCUCCUGGGCUUCUCUCUACGGCCUCCCCCCCGCUGCCGACGCCUACCAAUAGGGUUUCCAACGGAUCAGCCGGACGUCUAGAAUCCUUGGAAUUGAAUAGCACGGAAGAGGAGGGGUCGUUCGGUAGAGGUUCCGGAACCCUUUUCAAUUCAAUGACGAGGCAAUCAGUGGGAAAAAGUAGCAGCGCUUCGUACCAGGAAGGCUCCCAAAGAUGACACUAUAGCCCUCCUGCCCGACGAACGUACAAGUAGCAGGUGCGAGGCUAUUUCUUGUCGUCUUGAGGCUGGCUUGUUUGUGCCCGCUGUGACUUAGGGCUCAACUCUGUCAGGAGGAGUAGAUGGGGCUUGUUUUAAGACCGUAGACUCUGAUCGCGCCAACUCGACGUUCCGCGGCGAAUCUGUCCAAGCUUUUGUCAAGGCGUAGAGACCGGGCUGGAGAAAGCGUGCGCGUAUUUAGCCAGUAAGGGGGGACAAGGCACGGGGGCAGACACGUCCGGUUGUGGUAAAACGGGCGGCCUUGGCUUUCGCUUGAUGCUGCUGGACAUGGUUACGUAACGUGUUCAAGGCGAAGCACC